AAUCCUCAAGUUUCGCGCAUGACGGAAUUUAUUUUGCGAAUUUCUUAAGGUUAUGAGAUGAAUCCAUGAUAUAAAACCGUGUAGCACCAAAUGCAAAUAAGCAAACAAUAUAAUAGACUUAGUUAAAUGCGGAACAAUGUUCGAAGGUGCCAUAGCGGCGUUCUUGAAUCGGCUUUUGGGGAAGUAUAUCGAGGAUUUAGAUACCGAGCAGUUCAACGUUGGUAUCUUUUCUGGCGAUACUUGCCUUACCGAUCUUAAAUUAAAACCUGAAGCUCUGUAUCAAUUUGGUCUGCCUAUUAAAGUGGAAAUUGGUCUAAUAGGAAGGAUUGUUUUAAAGAUACCAUGGUCUGGAUUAUUUUCUCAGCCAAUUAUUCUUUGUAUCGAGGAUAUUUAUAUAGUGGCUGUGCCUGCUACCUAUGGUCCAUAUGAUGCAGAAGUACAAAAGAAGUUGAUAAGGGCAGAAAAAAAGAAAAUAUUAGAAGAUUUAAAGGAAGAUGAAGCAUUCAAAACAGAAUUAUUUGAUAAUUUGCUGGCAUCUGUGACAAAAAAUUUCCAAAUUAGUAUAAAUAAUGUACAUAUUAGAUAUGAAGAAAAGCUAAAUGGAUCUCUAUGUGCUUGUGGUGUCUGUAUUCAAAGUAUAUCAGUUAUGACUACAAAUAGUAAGUGGAAACCUGGUGUUUGUGCUAGUAAUUUGAGUACAAUUUACCAAUUAAUAAGGGCAGAAUCCUUAAGCAUAUAUAUGGAUCAUGAUACAGAAUCUGCUCUUACGAGCACACAAUGUGAUUGGAAUAUGUUCAGUCUUCUAGCAUGGAAAAGUACAAUGCACAGAGCUUUACAAACCUUUGGCAUGAAGAACAAAGAGUUCCAAUUUUUACUAAAACCAUUCACUGCAAAGAUAAAAGUAAUUAUACAUAAAGGUAAUGAGACACAAACAUCUCGUAUGUUGGUUGAUAUUGUCCUUCAUGAUGUGGCAAUGCAAGUUUCUAAAGUGCAAUAUAUUACUUUUUGUCAUCUUUAUAAUUCGUUGUCACGUGCAAUAAUCAAUAAACCAUAUAUAAAAUAUCGUCCAAACGAUAAUGUAAAGGAAAAUCCAACAGCUUGGUGGAAGUAUGCUUACAAUUCCAUUUUAGAUUACAAUGUAAGACCCUAUACAUGGUCAAGGGUCAGUGAGCACAGGAAAAACUACAGGAAGUAUAAAGAAGCAUGCUUGCAGAACUUGUUGCGACCAAAUGAUACAGAACUAAAACUGGAUUUACAAAAAUAUGAAGAUCGUCUGACUAUUUUAAAUAUGGUAAUAGCUAGAGAGCAUGCUAAGCAGGAAUUGAAAAAUAAAACGAUUGAAGAGAAACAUCAAAGUAUGAAUACCAGUAUUUCAUUACAAAAUGUAGUAGAAAACACAACAUUGAUUAAAGAAGUACAAAAUAAUGAUACACAAGGACAACAAAUUAAAGCAUCAUUGCAUCAUAUUACUAAUGAUUCAGGAAGGAAGAUAAAACUGGAAAAACUACCCCAACCAAUAGAUUAUAAAUUCAAUUUUACUUUAGCAAACUGCUGUUUGAGUCUUUUAAGCUAUAAUAGAGAAAUUCUUGUUGUAACUGUAACUCAGCUCUUAACGAGUGUUGAAAUACGUCCUCUGCUGUCUGCUUUCAAAGUGUCUGCCCGAGCUGAGAGUUUUGUAAUCGAAGGCGUUUCUGCAGAAGGUGACCUAGUGCCAUUAAUCACGGUCGACAAUGUUUUGACAGGGAAUGUAUCAACUAACUUCUUGGCAGUAGAUUUUGAAAAGAACGGGGAAAACGUGGAUCCAACUUUCGACAUUUCUAUAAAGCUGGAAGCUAUAGAAGUGACUUAUUAUCAUCAUGCCAUGGUAGAAAUUAUUCAAUUUUUCAAACUUAAUAAUUCGGAUAUGCAAACGACAAUUUUGUGGGCGUAUAAAUUGUACGAAUAUAUAAAAAGAAAUUAUCUGGUUUUGGUAGAUAAUAUUCUUUCUCAAACACUUCGGAUUAAUUUCAAAGUAGACAUUAAAGGACCAUACAUCAUAUUUCCUGAACAAGGAUCGAUACAAAAAGGUGGACAUAUUCUUGUCAUGGAUUUUGGUAAUAUGAGUUUGUCUAAUGAACUACAGUCUACAAACUUACAACUUGAAGAUGCGACACUCAUGGAAUUGGAAGAAUUACUUUACGACAGAAUACAUAUUGAAUUUUCUGGAGCACAAAUAUUAUUUUGUCAUUCAGGAGAUGAUUGGAGGUCAGCUAGAAAAAAGAAGGAUUCUGAGUAUCAUUUUUUACCAAAGAUACAAGCAACUACAACUAUUUCAUGUAGUAUAAAACCAGAAUACCAUCAGUUACCAAGGAUUAAAAUCAAUGUGUCCAUUUCGAGUAUAAAAUUUAAUUUAUCAGAAAAUAAAAUACGACUGAUUGCUCAUUUCUUGAAUUUAUUACUAUUGGCGUAUCAACAGAAUGUAGAGAAGUACAGGGGCAAUAUGAAACAAUAUGCUUGUAAAGAAAACUUGAACAAAAUUUUCAUAUCCAUGAAAGACCUUAAAAAUGUGCAACGUAGCGUAUGUCUGUCAUCGAUUGAAAUGAUACAAAAUAAAAUCACGCAUGUGUCUAAGGAACUUUUGACGAAUCAUGUUCAAAAACUCGAUAGAAGUGUUGUGUCUUCUGAGGUCAGUGAAGAAGACUUGGAAUUACUAUCAAAGACGAUAAGUCUGUCUGGAUUUGAUGACAACGUAUCUCCAUAUAAUCACAUCAAUUUCUUGUUGAGAUUUGCUAUUGGAGAGCUGUCAGUUCAUUUGGGAAUAAUUCAUUAUGGAAGAGAAGAACCUUACUUGAAUUUAAGAUUGCAUGGGUUGUAUUGCGAAACCGCGAUAAUGGAAUAUGGACCUGCUGUACAAUUUGGUGUAGGAUCUAUUCUUUUAGUAGAUAAAACAAAUGCUGGAGUAACUGGAUCAUACUUAGAAUUAAUAUCUACUGAAGAGCCGCACGAAGUUUUUAUUAUAUCGUAUCGUAAGGUCAAAUCGAACUGUCCUGAUUUCAAAUCCCAUUUCAAAAGUAUUGAACGAUCUCUUGUCGUAAAUAUAUUGAACAUCAAUAUAAAUCUCCACAGACCUGCAGUAUUGAAAAUACAAGAAUACUGGUAUAAUUUGGCUAACAUUUUUGAAAACAAUAAUCUUCUUGAUUUCGCGGAGAGCAUAUGCUACAAAAUUGCACAUUGGAAAACGAAAGAAGACGAUCCACCUAUCCCACCUGGUGCUAUCAAAUUGAAUUAUUCUGCUCGACUAAGCGCUCUAGUGGUAAGAUUUUGCGAUAAGGAUUUAGAUUUAAUACAAAUACAGGUCUUGGGACUGGAAAACGAUUGCAUUUACAAUGCUAAUGAAAGAAUGGUAUUGCGUGUACAUCUUAGACAUCUAUCGAUUGAAGAUUUGAGCGAGGAUACACUUUAUUCCAAAAUUUUAACUACAGAAGAGGAUAAGGUUUUUGAUUUAAAAUAUGUGAGGCAUAUGCCAAGAUUAUACACAUGUUCGGAUAUCGAUACAAAGCAAGAUGAUGUAAUGUCGGAUGGAACAUUUAAGCUUUCCAUUGGAAGAAUGAAUUGUGUACUUAUUUGCAAAAUUCUAUAUGAUUUGAAGUAUUUUUUAGCGCCAUUUACUUCAACGUAUUUCUUGCAAUUUAAGAAAUACUUAGUUGAGAAACUCAUGGAUGGGAUUGGAGAAUUCAAAAAAAGUGCAACGAAAUUGCAUAUAUUUAUUGAUAUUCAAGGUCCCAUAUUUUUGUUACCACAGCGUAAAGAAGUUCCAAGUCUGUUGGUAUUAAAUACAGGUGCAUUAUCAGUUGAAAAUUUCUUCAAAAAGAGUGAUCACUCUACUCAAAGUGUUAAAAUACCCAGCAGUGACUCAAACCAAUUAAUAAUUGACAAUAUUCUAGUAAAAUUAAAUAAUAUGACUGUGUCCAGGGCAAUUAUGACACUCAGUCGUGAUCUAGAAAUCCAAGAACCAAUUGUCGAACCGGUACAUAUUCGUUUUGAUAUUAAAAGAAAAACAGAAUAUCGCAGUGCAAUGGAAUUUCAAACAUAUGGGUUAUUUAAUAUACAAGGUUCUAUGGAUUUUGCAUAUAUUAAUUUGAGCCAAAGAGAUUUAAAGUCUAGUAUACUAGUGUGGAAAGACAAUGUAUCCAAAAUUAUUUUAUUUAAAGAUACAUACUAUAACGAAAUGCAAUCUGCAAUGACGAGCCAAUUAAAAAAAAUUAGUAAUGAAGAAGCAAUGGUAAAGAAAUUGGAAGAUUUUCUCACACAUAAUGAAAAUUCUGUAUGUGAAAUUAAUACCAAAUUAAGCCUAGAAGGGUUGCAGUUAAAUUUGUUUUUAGAUUCAGAGGAGGUAUUAAGUUCACCCGUCCGUGAUUUGAAUCACGGCUUAUGUAGACUAAUGUUCGGAGAAAUAAUUAAUACAUAUGCGUUUUACAGUGAUAGAAGUUUGAAGAUGAAAUUAUCUCUUCAAAGUUAUCUUUUGCAAGACACUCGAAAAGAUUCUCAGACUAUCAGAAAGAUAAUUCAAUCACCAGCAAGACAAAUAGGAAUGCAACCUGAAUCUUGUAUAUCCAUAUCAAUGUCUCCUAUUGUUGAUGUUACGUAUACUCGUACGCCAGCUGGAGAAAAAUGUUACGAUGUACUUAUUCAGGAAGUAAGAAUAAACUUAUCGGUACCAUUCGUAAUGCACCUGACUCGGUAUAUUAUGGAUUCUUUCCCGGGUGAUCAAGUUGAUGAAGGAAUUAUUAAUCAUGGAUACGAAAAUAAUAGUUCUACUACAAACAGAGAUGUUACUACUACAGAAAGAAAUAAAUUAAAAUACGCUCAAUAUUUUACAGAAGAACCAGAUGCUACAGUAUCUGUAAGGAUACACAAGCCUGAGAUUUUGCUUUUCGGAGAUUUGAAAGCAAACAAUGCACAUAUGAUUUUAUUACAAGCAGAAAUGUCGAUCGAGAGUAGUAGACAUAGCUGCUCAUCAUCGAUCGUUUAUACGUUAACUGACGUACGUGCCAAAUCAAAGAAACAAGGGAAUUACUCGCACCAUAUUCCCUUCUGGUUAUUAUGUCCCUGUGAUAUUGAAAUUUGUAGAAAAGAAGAAGCACCUGAAUUCAAUGUCAAUUAUAUUGUCACAGUGAAUAAAAUUGAUGUUCACGUCUCUGCAGAAAUUAUACAUACAUUUAUCAAUAUAUUGAAUGAAGCUACAAGCUUUAUAGAUAGUAUCAAUGUGAAACUAGAAGACAGAUUCGCAAAUCAAGAUUUUAACAUGCACACUAAUUUGUGGACACCAAAGAAAAUUUCGAACGUGCCAUAUAAAAAAUUGCAUGAUGAUGAUUCACAUCUAAUCUAUGAAUGUAAUGAUCGAGUGGUAACUUUUAAUGUGAAACCAUUAAUAUUGUGUUUACUACUAGAGAUAGAAUAUGCAAUGGAACGAUUUUCUGUUAUAAAAAUGGAGAGUACAAUUACAAUUUCUAUUAAUGAUUGGUUCAAUGAUUUUAAUCUAGAAUCGAAUGUAAAAAUUCAUGCAUUCUGUUAUAAUAUGGAUUACAAAAAUUGGGAACCUCUGAUUGAUUUGUGUUCAGAAGAUGAUAUGAAUUACAAACCAUGGGAAUUUACAAUAAAGAUGCGUCAUGGUGAAGCAUUCAUGAUAAAUUCAAAUUCAACCGAUUCAUACCAGCAUAUAAAACAGGAUGCAUCAAAAGUCAAGAAAAAGAGUUUUAGAAAUAUCGAUCAGGAUGUUACAGAUAUGGUUUUUAUAACUCCAGACCAUUUAAAUGUAGCAAAAUCAAGUGAGACAGAAAUGUAUUCGACAUAUGAAGAAGACUCUGAUACAGAUGACGAAGAAGGACAGAAAAAGUUAACUAGAACUUCUAAUUAUUUGUUCAAUAGUAACAGUAGUGGGGAUGAGGACAGUGAUAGUGAUGAUACCAGCACAAACGAAGAUGAAGGAUUAGAAUUGACACCGGAGUGCAAUGUGGAUUCUUGUUUUCAAUCACCAGUUGGACCGCUCGGCCGCGAAUCAAUAAAAUCAAACGAUACAGCGGUAUACAUUAUCGUAUCAACGGAAGAAAAGCUCAAUGUAGUAAUUACGCCAAAUUUAAUUAUCGUGGUAGAUAUUAUCAUGAACGCAUUUAAACAAGCCACUAGUGGAAUACCGAUUGUACCUACUAGUAUGAAGAAAUUAAAUCUUCAAAACGAUAUUGGUCAUGAGAGCCGAAUAGAGCUUCUUGUUCCAGACGAAAAUAACGAAAACGCAACUCGAAUUAUUGCCAGUCAAGAUUACCAUGAUAUUAGUCCAUCCGCAAGUAUUCCUAGCAGUCCAGAAGCGGAGCCUCAUUCUGGACUUGCAAGUCCGCAAUUAGUUGACAAUGAAAUGGAUUUUGCUGAUCCCGACACAAAUUUACAGAAUCAUUCAAUGCCAAUGCAGGAAAUAUUUGAGAAAGAUUCCUCAAUCAGUAUAUACAAAACAAUUACUGGAGAAGUUUUACGAGUCAUUUUUAAAGGAUUUGAGGAUGUACUGGUAUACUGUCCUAAAAGGCAGGGGUGUAACUUAAUUCCACUCCGACCUAUCAGACACGAUGUGCGCUAUCACUUGAUCAUAGAAGCUACUAUUAAUAAUUACUUAUAUCGUACAAUUACUGUACGAUCACCUUUAUUGUUUCGCAAUGAAACUUCGUACGCAUUGGGUCUUUAUUACAAGAAGUCAUUGUUGGAUAAAUUGGGACUCACAUGUAUCGGUAAACCUACAAAUCCUUUUGAUGACAAUAUCAGGAUGACAAUCAUCGAACCUGAUUCCACUUAUAGCAUUCCUUUAUACAUAGCCUAUCAUUUUCCUAUAUAUAUACUGCCUGCUUAUUUAGAAAAAUAUCAGGUAAGCGAGGAGGGAAUUUACUGGAAAGAGCUAAGUGCAACAAUAAACGUGAUUAAGGAUAUAUGUUGCAAAAUGAAGGAUGAUGAAAGUAAUUCUGUAUUUUACGUCAAAGUUUCUUGUAAUGAAAUUCCAGUAAUCGCGAGAUCAAGUUGUCACGUACCGAAUUAUUUGAUAAACAUUUAUCCUCCAUUUAUUUUCAACAAUCAACUACCAUUCGUUAUAGAUGUUUAUAUACCUGCUAUUAAUUACGAAGUAAAAAUUGAACCAGGGGAAAGAAUAAACAUGCACUCGUUGAGUUGUAAUAUUGAUGUCCAAUUUACUUUUAAGAUUCAAAAUUAUUUGGGUGCAUAUUGGACUGGAACGACGAAACUAAACACGAACUUGGGGAAGAAAUUUGUUGUUAUGAACGCUGAUAACGAGCUAGAAUCGGCAAAACCAUUUUUAUUAUGUAUAGAAUUGUGUAAAAUUACAAGUUGGCAUAUUGUUAUUCAAUCUCAAUAUUGGAUGAUAAAUAAAUCCGGACUACCUUUAUACAUUCAGGAAUGCUACUCCCAUAUAAUUAACGAAAUACCAGAAGAAGAACUGAUGGUGUUCUCUCAGAAGAAUAAUAGAAAGACUACAGUCAGAUUGAGAGCUCAUCAGUCUGAAUGGUCUUUGCCUUUUGGAUUGGAAGGAAUUACUUCCAUGUCUUUGAUUGUGUGCAAAGAUAUAGAAAGAGGAAGAAAGUACAGAAUUCUAACAGAGAUUGAAAGUUCUCGUCUUUCUCCUAACUUCACGAAGAUUAUCACGUUUCUUCCAUGUUUCUAUAUUACUAACAAGAUGAAAAGAACCAUUAGAUUUAUGGAGGAAAAUGAUCAAGCAGAUUUGUGGAAUGAUCUUCUUUCUGGACAAAGUCUACCAUUUUGGCCGGUUACGGAAUCAAUGAAGAUGAGAAUAAAGUGGAGAAACAGUCAAUUGGUAUCGCAACACUUCGGUAUUACACAUGUGGGAAAAACUGUAUUAAGAAUGGAUAAUGGAUCAGCAGUUAGCGUAGAAAUCAAAGGUGGUAUUAAUUCUCCAUAUCAUGUUACAUUCCAAAAAUACAUGGCGGGUGAUAUACCUUUAAGGAUAGACAACUUUUGUGAUGAUUUAUUUUUAAAAAUUAGUCAGUGUAAUUUGGGUCAAGUAGUCCUGAUAAAUCCAUUCCAAAGUCUAUUAUAUACAUGGGACGAUCCCACCAAGUCCAGAGAACUUGUUUGGAAUGUGUACAAUAAUAAAAGAACUGGAUACAAUGCAAGAUUUGAAAGGGAUGGAUAUGGACAAGAAAUUGUACCACUUGUAAUCGUUGACAACUCUAACAGCAGAGUAUCCUCUACUUCUUCAAUUAAAUCUCAAAACAAUAAAUUAACUUGGUUGGAAAGCAAAUCUGGAAGUUUUAAUAAUGAAAACAAUGAUUGCGACAAUGAUAUAAAGUCACCAAUGUUGAAAAAUGCACAGGAAAAUAAAACGGUAGUUUAUUGGGUCAGUUACAUGGAAGGAAAUCAAAGAAUUUUGUUAUUCACUCAACAGGAAACAGUUUUUUUAAAAGCGAAGAGUAUAGUCGAUCCUGAACCUAGUAAAAAGGAGGUAUUUCUUUCCUUUGCUGGUAUUGGAAUCAGUAUUAUAACAAAAUCUAAUGAGAAUCUAAAAGAACUAGUGUAUGCUAACAUAACAGAUUCUGCAGCUCAUUGGGAACUUUAUUUUGACAAGAGAUGGAAGAGUUUAUCUUUAGAACUGAGUGCUUGGAUAGAGAGCAAAUAUGUAAAUUCUUGUAAAAAAGCACAGCUAGAAAAUUUCAUUGAUGUUGAUCUUGUAAAAAUGCACAUGACCAAACCGUUCUUCGGAAAAUUAAGAAGGACUUAUUCUCCAGGAAUUUGGUUGCAUUGCAGGAAGUCUAUGUCACUCACUUAUUUACAAGGCUAUAUUCAUAGGAUACAGGUGGAUAAUCAAAUUCGUAAUACUACGUUCCCAGUGAUUUUGUAUUCAAAUUUGCAAAAGAGUAUCAUUAAAUAUGCAGGCAAUCAUAAAUUGAAGCACUGUAUAGAAUUUACAUGUUUGAAACAAAGGAAACUAAAUUACAACGUUUACAAGAAUAUUUGUGUCAUAGUUAGAGAAUUUGAUCUGAAUUUACAAGAGGGCUUUCUUCUUUCUCUGAUCGAUCUAAUUCCAAAAAAACCAGAAACUAAGUAUUCUAUUGCAGCAAAACUAAGAAAGGAUGUUUCCACCAUUCAUAUCUUGCCUUCCAAUAAAGCUAAUAAUAAGACAACUGUUAAAAGGAAUAAUGUGAUAGAACAUAUGUAUAUUUCUCCAAUCUUAAUACGCUUAAUAUUGUUGGCUGAUACAGAAAGACCUAACAUUUAUAACAUUAGUGAUAUAGCAGAUUAUAAGAAUAUUGUUCGAUUUAUUUUUGAAUAUUCUGAGAAGGGAGGGUCUGAAAAACACGCUGAAUUUCGGCUUCCAUAUUAUGAAAGAAACUUUAUCGCAAUUAACACUAAAGAAAUUCUGUUUGAUCUAUCACGAUCUUACGUGGCUCAAACUAUGCAACAAUUUCAUGUUUUGAUUCGUUCCACUACAGUCUUAGGAAAUCAAUGCGGCUACAACUUUAGAUCACCAGGAGACAAUUUUUAUGAAUCUAAUACAUUGAUUUUAUGUGGAGACGAAAUAGCAGAAAAAUUAAGUUACGAAGUGGCAUGUCAAUUGGGUUAUGCUACCCCUGACACCACACAAAUAUCAGUCUUUAAUUUUAACAUUGAGCCUCGUAUAGUUAAGAUGAAGGAAUCGUGUAUCCAAAAUAAAGAUGUUCCUCCCUUGAAUCUUUCAAUUCGUACUUCGUUUGCUACAGAAAUUGAACUAGAAACCUGCAGCUUAGUAACUGCCUUUAUUAGCAGUAUUCAUCAAGAAGAAUUGAAAUAUUUCUUCAAAACUUUGGGGAAGAAAACGUCGAUAUUUUUUAAUACUGAAAGUUCCUCUUUAAAAGCUUAUUCAAAAGUAAUAGCGGAUAUUAUAAAAAGGGCACAAGAAAUAGGUCAUAAGUUCAUAUCUCGUAUACGUUUACCACGCUAUAUCAAUCCUUACAAGGGAGUUGAAAUAUUUUCGAUGCAUAAGGCAAAAGGAAUGCAUCUUCUAAGUGUAAUUAAUAAGAAUCCAGGUAUUGAAACAGACACAUAUUGGGCACAUACUAUCUUAUCAAACGAUGGAAAACAUAUAGCUCUUGUUUCAUUGCAGCGAUUAUAUUUUAUUGAGAAAGGUUGUACCUGGGGAUCCUUAAAUGUAAAAUGGACUUUAGAGACUCAUCAAUUACUAUCACCUCCAACAAUAGUUAACAAUAAACUUAUCUUGCACGUAAACAAGAAUGAAGGUACUUUGUCACCCAUGGUAGAUUGGUACCUGGAGAGUGAAGCAACAGACAUUCUGGAGUGGCUGUGCCAGAAAAUAAAUAUAGCGAUGAUCUUGAACAUGGAGAACAGUAUAUGUUCAAAGCAAGUUGUAUAAUUGGAAUCCAAGCUAUAAAAAAAAAGAUAAUUAUAUAUUUAAGAUAGUCAGGCACAAUAAAUUCUCUAACAAACGCAA